CGCUGAUAUUAGAAGCAACGGAGCACACAGGAUUAAUAAUUUCUUGGAGCCCAAGCCAGUGGCCAAAAUCCCAGAAAAUUCUUCCCAUAAAAUCCCUCUAACAAUUUCCAUAAGGAGAGAAUUACAUCAGAAAAGGAGUUAGUUUUAUUUGCAGGUGUUUGUUUGGUUUGAAGCCGUUCUUUUGCAACUUUUUGGCAGAAUUUCUUAUGGCAAAAUAUGGCAGUGGCUUUGUCUUUGACAUACUUCUAUAAUGUCGGUUUCUUCAAAUAAAAUCAGCACUAAUCCUUCCAGAUUCUUCUAGCUUGGAGGUGAUGAUAAAAUUGAUAUCUUCUGGGUUCUUCUUCAAUGUUGGUGGCUAUGAAAAAAAUAUGGAAAAGGCGGCCUCUAGUGUAGUGGUUGGUUGUGUUACUGUCGGAGCUGCUGCUUUGGGCAGUAGAUGGAUGAUAAGAGCAUGGGAAGCAUUCAAAAAUCGUCCUACAGUUCCUCGUGCUCGAAGAUUUUAUCCUGGUGGAUUUGAAAUGGUCAUGACAAGGCGAGAAGCUGCAUUGAUUCUUGGAGUGAGAGAGCAUGCUGUAAUGGAGAAGAUCAAGGAAGCUCAUAGGAGAGUAAUGGUGGCAAACCAUCCUGAUGCUGGCGGUAGUCAUUAUCUUGCUUCCAAGGUUAACGAAGCUAAGGAUGUUUUAUUGAGGAAAACGAAGUCACCUGGUUCUGCAUUCUGAUUGAAUUUUUCUUCUCUAUCUAUACAUAGCAUUCAGGAAUCACAUUUUGGAUCCAUGGCUUGAGUGUAAUGGGCCAUUGCCCAGUGAAUUCGAUGUACUUACAUAUAUACAAGCAAAUUAGUUUGUUUGAGCUGUUUUUUGGUGUUGGACUAAUUAAUAAAUUAAUUGUGUACUGUUGGAAUGAA